GUUAAGAAAUUAAAAAAUAUAUGUAGUUAAAUUCGGCUUAGAAUUUCAAAAUAUCAUGUUCUUAAACACUAGAAAUUGACAUGCAUCCAAGCGAAUGUGUUUUAAGCUACUGAAUUAGAAAUGAAUCGUAGAGGUUUAAAUACUGGAAAUACGAUGACUUCUCAAUCAAAUAUUGACGAAGGAAACUGGAAGAGCGUAACAGAAGGCUCCACUAUGUUACCUUCUACGAACUCUUCGUCUCUAAAUCCAGACGCCAGCAAUCAGAGUGGAUUUCCCCAAGGAGGACUACCAUACACUGCGAGUGGGAACCCAUAUCCAAAUGCUGGCCAAUCUUCCCCUGCCGGUAAUCAAUCUUUGGUGUUUCAAAAUACUAAUCAACCCGGAUCAAAUACUCCCCAAUAUACUUCAUCGCCAGCACCCUCUGGCUCAUCAACCCCUGGUCCAGUGGGUGUUGCAUCCCAAAAUAUACAGGGAAACUAUUCACAAUCCUCAACAUCAGGCAAUUUCAAUGGACCAGUUGGGGGGCCAUUUGGAUCACCGUCUUCCGGUUUGGGUCAAUUCAGCCGACCAGCAAGUUCAGGUACUCCAUUUAACAGUGGACAAGCGGGUCACUUUUCCUCCCCUACAGUUUUCGGAGUUGGAAGCCAGUUUAAUCCGAUGCCACCCGCAUCUCCAUUUGGUCAUGGCGGAAACCAUCCUAUGAUGGGUGGCCCUCAGCAAAUGGAUAGAAUUGAUCAAGGCUUCAGGAGGCACAACUCGUACUUCAGUCAUACAGAGCAUCGAGUGUUUGAGCUAAACAAACGCCUUCAGCAACGAAAUGAAGAUAGCGAUAAUUGUUGGUGGGAUUCGUUUACAACAGAGUUUUUCGAGGACGACGCACGAUUAACAAUAUUGUUUUGCUUGGAAGACGGACCAAAGCGAUAUACAAUUGGCCGAACACUUGUUCCACGUUUCUUUCGAAGCAUUUUUGAAGGAGGUGUCUCUGAUUUGUAUUUUCAGCUCAAGCAUGCUAAGGAAUCGUUUCACAAUACGUCUAUAACAUUAGAUUGCGAUCAGUGCACUAUUAUAACUCAGCAUGGUAAACCAUUUUUCACAAAAGUGUGUGCAGAUGCAAGACUUAUUCUAGAGUUUAUGUAUGAUGACUACAUGAGAAUCAAAUCGUGGCAUAUGACUAUAAAAGGACAUAGAGAACUCAUUCCGAGGUCUGUAAUUGGUACUUCGCUACCUCCUGAUCCAAUGCUGCUUGAUCAAAUAACAAAGAAUAUUACUAGGGCUGGAAUAACAAAUUCAACCUUAAACUACCUUCGAUUAUGUGUAAUACUUGAGCCAAUGCAAGAACUUAUGUCACGCCACAAAGCGUACGCACUAAGUCCGCGUGAUUGCCUAAAAACAACUCUAUUUCAAAAAUGGCAGCGUAUGGUCGCGCCACCGGGAAAAAAAGAUCCGCAAAGACCACCAAACAAGCGUCGUAAAAGAAAAGGGUCAAAUUCUGGAGGUGCCAACAACGCAAACACCCCGCCUGUGGCAAAUCAAAAGAGAUCGCCGUCAGGUCCCAGCUUUUCAUUGUCUUCCCAAGAUGUGAUGGUCGUAGGUGAGCCAACAUUAAUGGGAGGCGAAUUUGGCGAAGAAGAUGAAAGGCUUAUUACUCGUUUGGAAAAUACACAAUAUGAUGGAACCAAUGCAGUCGAACACGACAAUCAUACUGGUUUUGGGCAUGCAGAUUCACCGAUAUCAGGCUCAAACCCGUGGAGUAUGGAACGGACAGGUACUAUUCCAGCUAGUCCUGGUAAUGCAUCUGGACCGCAAAAUAAUGCUAAUAUAGCUGAUAUAGAUAAAAAGAGCCCCAUUGUAUCGCAAUAGAAUCAAAUGGUAUAAUCCGAAAUUAUAAUAUAAUUUUAAGAUACA